CUUCCGGCGUGCCUUUACCUCCUCUUGCGCUCUCAUGUUAAUGGCGGGUGGCGUCUGCUGAGGAGAACGCGAGUAACCGCUCCCGGCACAGGGAAAGCCUCCCUGCCUGCCCCAUUUCCUCUCGCCGCCAGUAUUCGAGCUAGUCAGCAUGUCCGUGGUGCCGCCCAAUCGCUCACAAACCGGCUGGCCCCGAGGGGUCAACCAGUUCGGCAACAAGUACAUCCAGCAGACGAAGCCCCUCACCCUGGAGCGAACCAUCAAUCUGUACCCUCUUACCAAUUAUACUUUUGGUACAAAAGAGCCCCUCUAUGAGAAGGACAGCUCUGUUGCAGCCAGAUUUCAGCGCAUGAGGGAGGAAUUUGAUAAAAUUGGAAUGAGAAGGACCGUAGAAGGGGUUCUGAUUGUCCAUGAACACCGGCUACCACAUGUGUUACUGCUGCAGCUGGGCACAACUUUCUUCAAAUUACCUGGUGGUGAACUUAACCCUGGAGAAGAUGAAGUUGAAGGACUAAAACGCUUAAUGACAGAGAUACUGGGUCGUCAAGAUGGAGUCCUGCAAGACUGGGUCAUUGAUGACUGCAUUGGUAACUGGUGGAGACCAAAUUUUGAACCUCCUCAGUAUCCGUAUAUUCCUGCACAUAUUACAAAACCUAAGGAACAUAAGAAGUUGUUUUUGGUUCAACUUCAAGAGAAAGCCUUGUUUGCAGUCCCUAAAAAUUACAAGCUUGUAGCUGCACCAUUGUUUGAAUUAUAUGACAAUGCACCAGGAUAUGGACCCAUCAUUUCCAGUCUCCCUCAGCUUCUGAGCAGGUUCAAUUUUAUAUACAACUGAAUUCCUGCACAGUGGAGAAGUAAAAGAAGCCGUCUCUGUGAGCACAGCUAUAACACAUUGUAGAAUAAACAUGGUAGACAAGGUUUUUUUUGGUUUUGUUUUGUUUUGUUUUUUAUCUCGUCCCCAAUCCCUAAGUUGCUACCUACUUUCUGUUUGAAUAGUAAAGUUAAUAUGAAGAACUAGAUAGUGGUGUAAACAAAUGUGAUAAAGUUUAAUUUACUUUUGGUUCUACUCCUACUUUUUGUACAACAUUAAAGAGUAUGGACUUCUUUCUAUUUGUAUUUUUGUUUUUCACAUUAAACUUGGAAAAUUCUUA